AUGUCUCUGUCUGUGUCGACGGCUGAGAUUCUGGUGUCUGACCUUCCAACCAAAUCGGUCACUCUGACUCCGCUCAGAGCGACUGUCGUUCGCGAAAUCCAAACUACUAUCCAGCCCGGUCAGAAUGAAAUUACCAUCCUUGGGCUCGAUCCUCAGGUCGACCCCGAUUCCAUCCGUGUCGACGGCUCCGGUUCAGCAACCAUCACCGACAUCCAGACCGACAUAGUUCCUCGCCGGGAGAAUUUCGAGGAUGUCUACCCCGAAGAGUCGGACAAUGAGCUGAGCGACGCGUUAGAAACCGACUCGGAUGAAGAUUUCGGCAUCGAUGAUUCGGAACUUCAGGCGGUACGGAAAGAAAUCGCAGAGGUUGAGGCUGCUCUCGCCAAAGCGCGCGGCAAUCAAGCCAUGUCGCUCGCUGUUUCGACUUUCAUGGAUGGCUACGGGAAGAAAUUGAGCAUGGAGAAUGCGGACGCGGCAAAGCUGAAUGAUUUCCUUCAGCUUUACGUCCAGCGCCACUCGGUCGAAUGCGACCGUCACCACCAGUCUACAGUGGAAAUAAAAGAGGCGGAGAAAAGCCUAGAGCGACUCAAUCAAAAGCGAGCACGACUGGAAACCAAGUACAACAAAGCCAAGGAGACUGCUCUGAAGGAUGUGCGUAAAGAGCGCAAAAAGCGCCUGCGGGAGCGCGAAGAGAAAAAGAAGAAACAACAACAGUUGCGAAACGAGCGAAAGGUGUUCUGGACCCGUACCGUCAGCCGGGUCGUGGUCCAUCUCGACAGUCACUCGAUCAUGACUCCGGGAUCGAGCCGACGCAGCUCGGUUGUGGAAAAGGCUGGAAGUAGCGCCGAUGCUGCAGACGUGACACUGCGUCUGACAUAUGUGGUACCCGGUCCUCGCUGGGUGUCUCGUUAUGAUCUCAGGAUCAGCACUCCUUCUUCGUCAGCCCGUCUGACCUACCGCGCCGAGUUCCACAACUCCUGCUCGGAGACAUGGCGGGACACCCAGGUGACUCUGUCCACCUCCCAGGCUUCCUUUUCGGGGCUGGAGGAGCGCAUUCCGCAACUGCAAGGCUGGCAUAUCAAGUUGGAUCCUAACAACGCAGGCCUGCCUUCGUGGAACAACAUCUUGCGCAGCCUGGACGAACCUGGCCAGCCCCUUCAGGCUCACGCAAAGUUACUUAGACAACAGUUUACGGCAAUGCAAAAGGCAAAUCAACAGCGGCUUAACAAUGUGCCGCAAGCUCAGAUGCAGGCACCGCAGGCUGCACCCGUCUCACUGUUCGGAGCUCCACCGCGCGCGGGCGCUCAAUCCGGCUUGUUCGGCUCAAACGCACAGCAACAGCAAGCACAAAGUCAGCAACAGCAAGCACAAAGUCAGCAACAGGCUCAGAUCGAGCGGGGAGAGAGGUUGGAUAGCCUACCUGCGUCUGGGUUCGGGAUGGCCAUGCGUGCACAAGGACCGGGAGCACCGCCUAGCAUCUCAUACUUCAACAGCGCUGGCUCGAAUACCGCCAACGAGAACGAUGACGAGGAUGAUGACGAGGACGAGGAUAGCCAAACCAUCGCGGCAGCCAGUCUGGAACAUCAGGACUCCGUCAAGCAAGACUACGGCUUGACCACGACAUACGAUCUUCCAGGGCGCCGUACGCUUGUACCGUCGAGCGUGCAUCGGCGACACGUACUGGCCGAGCUAGACCUAAAGUCGAUGACUCUUACCCACAUCAUCGUGCCUAAGAUCCGCGCGGCGGCCUUCCUGCGCGCCCGCAUCCAGAAUACAUCCUCGGUAACCAUCCUCCGCGGCCGAGCGGGGAUGACAGUCGACGGCACCUUCCUGGGUACGACGGCCUUGCCCAACUGCGCGCCAAACGACGCCUUUAAUAUGUCCUUGGGCGUCGAUCCGUCGAUUCUAGUCACGUACGCGAAGCCGUCCGUCCGCCGCGUUGGGGGCGGGUUCUUCAGCAAGGAGCACACGGCUGUCUUUCGACGGGCAUGCUGGGUGAAGAACACCAAGAGCAUUGCCGUUGAUCUGAUUGUUUCCGAGCAGGUCCCGCUAAGCGAGGACGAUAAACUACGUGUGCAGAUCCUCGAGCCGAAGGGGUUGGAAAAGGAAGGCGAUCAGGUCAAGAUGGCGAUGGAGGGUAAGGGCAGCGGGAGUGUAUCCCUGGGCAAGAACGGCGAGAUCAAGUGGAUGUUGAGGUUGCAGCCAGGCAAGGAUAUCAGAUUGGCACUGGAAUAUGAAGCCAGGGUUCCUCCGGGCAGUCAGGUAGAGGUUGUCAAAUAG